AUGUAUGUAUGUAUGUAUGUAUGUAUGUAUGUAUGUAUGUAUGUAUGUAUGUAUGUAUGUAUGUAUGUAUGUAUGUAUGUAUGUAUGUAUGUAUGUAUGUAUGUAUGUAUGUAUGUAUGUAUGUAUGUAUGUAUGUAUGUAUGUAUGUAUGUAUGUAUGUAUGUAUGUAUGUGUAUGUUUGUAUUCUACGAAGCAAAAGGCAAAUUUUUAUAAAGAAAGAUGUUUUUUUCAUUAUCAACGAAUAGACGUCCUCAAUAUGGCAAAAACUGCAUAAUGUUUUAACCAUACCAAUGGAAACUAAAGUGACUAGUAAAACCAGUAGUUUAAAAGCUUUAUUGCUACGAGCAUGGCGAGAGCGAUGGACCGAUUUGCAAUGGGGUAUUAAUAUCAAAACAAUUCUUCCAAGGGGGGUAAGCGGUGAUGUACAUAACUUAGCAGAUUGUAUAUUGCAACAAGCAUUAGUGGGAUCAGGGCCUAAUCAAUUAGUCCUAUCGUAUCUUAAACAUUCUUUAAGUUCUCAGUUGGUGUCAUAUGCAGCAGUGUUGCAGCGAAUAAGUAAAUAUGAUGCAUUUCACAAGCCUCACUGCAUAUUAAGCUUACUUGAAUUUCUGGAAUCAAUACAAGUCGGUAUUACAUGUCGUGGUAAACCAGAAGAGGAUCUCUUAGCAGCGGCAGUUUUAUCUAUCGUUUAUUGGCUCUUGCAAUGUUAUCUGCAUGCAUUAACAAAGGUACCGCAGAGCCAUCCUCUUACUCUGCAUUCUAAUGAGCUAAUAGACAAACCUGCCAGCAUUUUGCAGCAGGUGCUGAACUCAGAUUUUCUAUGUGCAAUGAUGUAUCUAGCCAAAUAUGAUGACAAAGAAUUUUCUUUUUCAGAUUUGUAUAUAGAUGUUGCGAAGAAAUGUCAGGAGAUUGAGACAUUACUAAAGACAAGCAGUCAAAAGUCUGUAGUAGCAAUAGAGGAUUCUUUGAAAAAAUUGUGCAAUCUAGAGAUCGAGAGUCUUUGUCCUGAGAAAAUUAAAAUGGAAUCCAUUACUCAUUGCUUACAACCACUUUUUGCUGUUCAAGUGUUAUUAAAUCCUAGCACUGAGACGACUGUGUUUGUUAAUCAGUUAUUGAUGGUGCAGAGGUUAAAGACUUACACGAAUGCACGGCUUUAUUGCGAGAUAAUUCGCGCUUGUUUAAUGUGUCUGCACAAUGUGACAGGAACAUUCAAAGAAUCACAAUGGGGAGCCUUCAUGUUUUUAAAAGUACCUCUCAUAUUGAAAGAGUUGCACGCGUCUACUAUAAAUAGUGAUGAGAAGUUGGAGUAUUCACAAGAUAUUUUAGAUGCGUUCGAAUUAUUACUUCAGUUUACGCCUUUACUCAAUAUAAUGGAUUCUACAUGCUCAUGUAAUUAUGUAGAAUGUUUGUUAAAUGAAUUGCAGAAAGUAAAUCUUGUGACGGAGAAGCAGGCAAAGCAAAUAAGUGCGAGAAGGGAGGGAAUAACAGCAACUCUUCAAAAAUUGGAACCAUCUAGCACUCCGACAUCGUCCAUCCCAAAAGUUAUUAUAUGCGCGGAACCGACACUAGCCGGUAUUUUGAAGACGUUGAAUGCUGAUUAUACGAAGAGCUCCUUAUUGAGUAUGUUGUAUCAUGUUUUGAACAGUUUUGAAUUAAUGCUGGCUGUGGCAACAGUAGAAGGGAAGCUUAAGACUUUUGUUACCAAACUUAUCAAGCUCAAUGAAUGCAGUAAACAGAUUAACGAGCCUGUGCCUGGCAAAAUGGCAGCGACGAGAGCGAUGUCUUUCGAUGUAUCGUUUCUUAUGUUGUGCUCCAUAGUGCAAACAUAUGGUUCUGAUGUUGUCUUAGAAGAAGGCGGGGAUUCGUUUUUCGAACAAUGGGUACGCGAGUGCAUGCCUGAAAGAAAGAAGCCAAAGUCACCACAGAGGAUGUUGCAGAGCGUCGAUCCGGCGAGAGUGGAUGCUUUGCUAACGCAAUUAAAUUCGCCAGAUCCUGAUUUCAAGUCGAGUAAUUUAAAAUGGCACGUCGCGUGCCAGUCAGCGAUGGGUGCGGUGAAGGAAUUACUCUGUGCGUGGGAGAGCGGUGUGCUGGGCGCCGGUGAUGUCAAAAUGGCUCUGGACGGUUUGCGUACGGCGGCAUGCUGUCUGCCAGUUUGCGCCGCAGCAUGGCUUUGUGCAUAUAUGAGCAUUACGCAUCAGGACGCUCUAUUGAAACCAAUGAAUAUGGUUCAGCACUUCCUGACGCCGUUGCCAGGUGACGAUAUGCAGGACAAUCUUAAAGAGAGAUCUAGUUUAAUGUUUCAAAUAAUUCGGAAGAUGCAAUAUGAUGUACAUCCGCCUACACAAUCGAAAACAAAGGUGCUUUCGAUGUCUCACAGCAUUAUUUCACGUCAGCCGAUACUGGAACAAUUGGAAUCUGUUUGGCAGAACAUAAGUCAACGUGGGUGGAUAAACAUUCAAGCUACACAGUCACUGGAAUCUCUAUUAAAUACUGGUGGUUCUUUAUGGUUCGUUACGAAUAUUGUAAAGGAAGUAUUGAAAUAUCGUUACCAAGAAGAAUUAGAUCAAGCUGUAGAUCUAGCCUUUGCCAUUUUUCAUCUUGAUAUAGAGAAUUGCACUCUGGAUCUCAUAAAUUACUUAAUACCGCAAUACUUGGACAAUUCGUUGCAAAGCGAUGAGCUUGUGGAACCGCAGUCGUCUAUCCUGGCAAAAUUAUGUGUCUACUGUAUAUUUUCUACUUUGGAAUACAAUAACUCGAACCCAUAUCGGAGUAACAAUCGUAAACGCGUGCGGCCUGACGUGGACGUGGAUGAUUUGGACGCAUUAGGCAUGUCUAAUAAGCUCUUGCGAUUGAAUGAAACGGGUGAGAGUGUUCCCAUGUUUGGUUCGCAAAGUCCACAAGCGCAGGGUACGAAUAAUGGACAAAAAUCUAUGAUCGUUCUGAGGGAUCCGCUUAUGACUGCAUUGAACAAUCUGUUCACCAUGUUCGCGUUUCUAGCUGGUAGAGAUGGAGAGGUGUGCCAACAGACCCAUUUUAUAUUUCAGUUCCUGCGAUUUACAGUACAAUGCGGAAAAGAUAGAACUCGUAUCGUGUUACAGGGAAUGCCACAAACUCUGGUACCAUGUCUUCUUAAAGCAUUACCCGAAUUGUUCACGACUGAUAUUCUACUACGAUUAUACGAUAUACAAACGGUGAUUGGACGCAUGGCAACUGCACGAGACUUAUGCAUGUUGCGGAAUAUUAACUUGAAGCCCAUGAAAUAAACAUACAGAAUUUUGUUCUAAAACAGGAUGCAUGUUUUUUUUAAUGUGAUUUUAUUGUGAUUAAAUUGUCGUCAGAAAAGAUAUCAUAGAUAUAUCUAAUAAAUAUUUGUAUAUAUA